CUUAUCUAACAUACGAAUGUAAUAAGUGUAUCUUUUAAAUACUUGAAAAUUUAAGUUAUUAAAAAAACUGUGAAAAAUUAGUACUAACUUUUUAAUGAUUUAAUGAAUAAAUCAGUGUAAAAGUGAAUAAACUAUCACAAGAAUUCCGGUGUUUUACCUCGCAAAAGGAUUGUCUACAAGACCAACGAUAUGGAUACGGAUGAAGAGGUGGGCCGAGGCAACCUGCUGGAUGGCAUGCCACCCAUCAAUUGUGACACCACCAUAGACGAUGCCGCCACCACUGGCAACAAUGACAUCGGCGACAUGACCUUCUGCCUCAGCAACUACGUCCCCGAUUUCAUGAAGAUGCUGUUCACGAUGAGGUCACACCACAUGUUGACCGACGUGGUACUCGAAGUCGGCAAUGAACUGUUUCACGUCCACAAAGUGGUGCUAGCCGCCGGCAGCCCAUACUUUAAGGCGAUGUUCACGAGUGGUCUAAAAGAGAGCGAGAUGUCUCGUGUGCGCCUUCAGGGCGUUUGCCCCUCGGCGAUGGCGUGGCUCGUCUACUUCAUGUACACGGGCAAGGUGCGCAUCACGGAAGUCACCGUCUGUCAGCUGCUGCCUGCCGCUACUAUGUUCCAGAUAUCAAACGUGAUGGAGGCGUGCUGCGCGUUCCUCGAGCGGCAGCUGGACCCCUCCAAUGCGAUCGGCAUCGCCAACUUCUCUGAACAGCAUGGCUGCGUCAAACUCAAGCAGAAAGCCAACCAGUUCAUUGAGAGGCAUUUCACUGAGGUUUGUCGAGAAGAAGAAUUCCUACAAUUGACGGCGCCUGAACUUAUAUCACUGAUCCGGAAAGACGAACUUAACGUGAGAGAAGAAAGGGAGGUGUACAAUGCAGUAUUGAGUUGGGUGAAAUACGACGAGGAUCGGCGAUACCCGCGCAUGGAGCACAUCCUGCAGGCGGUGCGCUGCCAGUACCUCACACCCAGCUUCCUCAAGGAGCAGAUGAACACUUGCACCGUGCUCAAGAAAGUGCCCGCCUGUAGGGAGUACCUCGCCAAGAUAUUCAAAGAUCUGACAUUACAUAAAAAGCCCGUAGUGAAGGAGAGGCGGCCGAACACACCGCGCAUUAUAUACGUAGCUGGCGGAUACUUCCGACAUUCCAUCGACGUCUUCGAGGCCUUCAACUUGGACGAUAACUGCUGGAGCACAUUGCCUCGUCUCACUGUACCUAGGUCUGGACUCGGCGCUGCCUUCCUCAAGGGGUUGUUCUAUGCGGUGGGAGGUCGCAACACCUCGCCCGGCUCCUCCUACGACAGCGACUGGGUGGACGUGUACAACCCCGCCACCGAGCACUGGCGUCCCUGCAGCCCCAUGGCCACCCCCCGGCACAGGGUGGGUGUGGCCGUAAUGGACGGUCUGUUGUACGCUGUGGGCGGAUCCGCCGGCUCCGAGUACCACAAAUCUGUUGAAUGCUACGACCCUGAGUCGGACACGUGGACGCAUGUGGCGGCUAUGGGCAGCGCACGACUGGGCGUGGGCGUGGCCGUGGUCAACAGGCUGCUGUAUGCUGUGGGCGGGUUUGACGGCACACGCCGCGUUCGCUCCGUCGAGUGUUACCACCCCGAGAACAACCGCUGGAGUGACGUCGCGCCCAUGCAAGUAGCGCGCAGCGGCGCCGGCGUGGCGGCGCUGAACCAGUACAUCUACGUGGUGGGAGGGUACGACGGCGCGCAGCAGCUGGCCAGCGUGGAGCGCUACGACACGGAGCGCGACGUGUGGGAGUGCGUGGCGCCCGUCAACGUGGCGCGCUCCGCCCUCUCCCUCACAGUGCUCGACAACAAGCUGUACGCCAUGGGCGGGUACGACGGUACCUCGUUCUUGGACAUAGUGGAAGUGUACGACCCGGAGACGAACACCUGGAAAUUGGGUACGCCGUUGACGUCGGUGCGGUCGGGGCACGCGUCCGCGGUCUGUUAUCAGCACGUGGCGCCGCCCCCGGAGCCCCCGGAGCCCGAACCCGCGGUCAUCCGCAAGCUGGGCAAGCGCCCCGCUCCCAAACCUGGCACCUCCACCUCCAGUUCCGCCACCAGCAUCGGCGACGACGUGCCCAUGGCCAAUAAUAUAAUAGGAACCUUAUCCAAUGAUAGAUACGACUUAUAGCGUACGGACUCCGCCGUCUAGCUUGUGAUGACGUCACGUUACGUAGGUCUAACUAGGCGGCUGUCGUAUUGUGACUAUUUUACGUGUUAAUGAUGUUACGCACGUUAUGGGUGUUAGAAUGUUUCCUAACUUCUGACAACUAUUGUGACUUUGGCGAACUAUCGUGACGUGUUGCAACUCUUCUUCGCGUUUUGUUUCGUUCACAAAUAUCUGAAUUGUGACAUGCUCUCGGCGAUAAUUAUAGGCUUAAAUGAUAAUCCUUAUAAUGAGUAUUGCGUUGCCUUGACCGUGUAAAUUGUGGCGUCGUUAUUUUUGAAGGCUAUUAAAUGUACAAAACAAGUAAUUAUUAUCAUCAUAAUUGUAAGUACAGAAAUCAUUUUUUACACAAAUCUCAAUAAAUAUAAAAUUAUUUAUAGUUUGACAAGGAUCUUAUGGCGGUUUUUUUUACAUUCACAGGACUUCUAUAAGUUUUAAGGGUUACCAGUGAGCAAAAAUUACCUAACUUCCGAAAUAUGGACCAUAUUGGAUCUCCAAGCAAAUAAUUAGCAACUUAUGACCUAAGUUCUUGUAGUAAUUUCUUACUGUUAAAAUAAAUAUAUCCAAACAAAUUAGCAAAAUUGUGACAUUUUUCUGGAACUUUGGAAAUAUGAAAAUGGCAACAUUAAACCGUGCAGCAGCCGCUCCUUCAUUGGUCAAAAUAUGACGCUGUCAAUAUGACAUUGCGAAUUCAUAUAUUUUUCGACUGCCAUAAGAUUUUUGCUGGACUAUAUGAUGGUUUCACCAAUUUGCAACAUUCGAAAACAUUCGAAAUUGAGUUUUACUAAGAAUUGUCAUUUACAAAUUUGACGACUUAUUGCGAGUGACAAAUUUGAAUUCAAUUUAUGUCUAUGACGUUAAGACAAUGUUUUUAAGAAUAUUCGAGCUAGGUCCUCUGAGAAUUAUACAAAUUACCUUUAUAAUUUUGGAAAAUGUAUGCCCUAGUCAAAUUUUUUUUUGGGUUACUAUUUUAUAAACU